AUGGUCGAAAGGAUUAUGGCUAGAAAUGGUAUGGGUGCCACAUUGCAAAGGCCAUUGUACGCCUCCCCGUUGGCUGAAUUUAUUCUCCAAGCCGAGGCACCUAGGGGAAUGAAAGUGCCCAAGUACACUAAGAUUGGGGGAGAAUCUGGUGAAUCGACAAUAGAGCAUGUUGCCAGAUAUCUAACAGAGUCAGGAGAUUUAGCUCAUAAUGAGUGUUUGAGAGUAAAGAACUUUCCCUCCUCUCUGACUAAGGCUGCCUUCACGUGGUUCACUUCUUUGGCCCCAAGCUCAAUCGAUUCGUGGGCCAAAUUAGUAAAGAAGUUCCAUGAACAAGUUCGACAUCUCGAACGGCUAAGAUUAGAAAAAGUUAGACACAAUAAGGCUAAGAAAGAAAAAGUAGCAUUUGUCGACUACGACGUGACAGAUCCAAUAUAUGAGGUUGAUUAUGCUUCAUCGACCGAAUUAGAAAUUGACGUGGCUGAGUUAAAGCCAGGAUCUACCUUUGAGUGUCGGUCAUUAGUUCCUGUGCAAGGAAAAAAUCCUAUUGAAAACAAUUCAAAAUUCCCUUCGAAAACUUACACUUUUGAUGAGGAAGCUGUAUUUGUGGAGCCAAUCGAGAUCGAAAUGGUCAAGAUCACCGAAUACGAUGAGGCCGACAUGCUGGAGCAAACUGGUGAAAGCCCAGAUAUCGACAUAGAUGAAGUUUACCCAAGGGCUGAUGAAGACUUGGUAGAUUUCCUGUAUCGCUGCAAGAAUAAGGGUUCACAAGUUUUCCUGUGCCCUAGAUGUGGUGCUGUCACCGAUAAAAUAGCUGCAGAAAAUUUCCAGAAGCUGUAG